AUCGAAAUCUAUCACAUAGCCAUUGCUAUGGAAAUGAUAUAAACACAUUCCAACUGCAGUGAAUUUUCUACAAUUUUUUUUCUUAAAUAUCAAGUAAACAUUUGAAUUUAAAAACAAAUUUAUAUCAGACGGAAAAUUUUUGAGCAAACUGAAAAAAAUUUAGCCAGAAUGGUUAAGAAGUGUACUUGCCUUGGCUGUCAAAACAUUGCAAACCGAACGAAAAAACCAAACCGACGAGGUGAUUGUGUUCCAACUGAAGCAUACAAUAGUCGUUUUGAUCGUGAGAACCGACCCGAUGAAUACUCGGAAAAAUGCAUUCCUAAACUCAACAACAAUAUUAACAAACGUUAUGAACGUGAUGUCAAGACAUCGGAUUUGUAUCGCACUUUGAACAUACCAGAUCGCUUUGAACGUUCUUGUACGUUGAAUGGCUAUGGAAGCCAGUACAAAACAUACCAUCCAGUAUUUCGUACAACCAACUCAGACUAUGGCUGGACACCACCGAAUGCACAUACGGUACCUCAUAGUUAUUACCCACGUACAAAUGAAUUCUCCGAUCUAUUAGCCAAAACCGGAAUGUAUCGCAAUUAUUCACUUAAUACAGUAAUGGACAAAUCUCGUGUUUUUUAAGUUUCGAGCGCCCAACUGAGUUUUCAGUUAGAAUAAAUUUUUAAGAUUUUCUUUUGCGUUCCUCAAAUUUAGUAGAAUAAAGAUUCGUCCACAUGUUUCAGCUCAUCAAAAGUAUUAUUA